AUGCGUCCACUUUCUUUGAAAGGCCAUGAACGUGCUUUGACAAGGGUCCGCUUCAAUCGCGAAGGAGACUUGACUUUCUCGUGCGCCAAAGAUAAGAAACCAUGCGUUUGGUACACCGAAAACGGAGAGAGAAUUGGAAGCUAUGAUGGGCACAACGGAGCUGUCUGGGACAUCGAUGUCUCGUGGGAUACUUCAAAAUGUGUUACCGCAUCUGGAGAUCUCACUGUGAAGAUUUGGGAUGCAGAACUAGGAUCCUGUAUCUACACCAUUAAUCACCAGACGCCAAUGAAAUCAUGUGGAUUCUCCUACUCAGGAAAUUUGGUGUGCUACACUACCCAAAAAAUGACCAAAAAUCUCUCCACCGUUCAAGUACGAGAUCUUCGUGAUGGAAAUCAGAUGGCAGAAGGAGCAGAGUCAUUCUUCUCCACCCAGUUCGAUGUCAAUGCGACGACAGCGUUGUUCUCCCAAAUGGAUGACAUCAUCACCAUUGGAUUUGAGUCUGGACUUCUUCAACAAUACGAUUUGAGAAACCCUGAUUCCCCAAUUAACACAAACGAAGUUGUCCAUCGUUACAGCAUCCAAGACCUCCAACUUUCCCCAAGGGGCGAUUUCCUUAUCUCCGCUUCUCGUGACAAGACUGCUGCUCUCCUCGACGUGAAUGACUUGAAAAAACUGAAACAAUACAAAUCCGAACGUCCUGUGAAUUCUGCAUGUAUUGCACCAAAUCGGGAUCACAUUUGUCUUGGAGGAGGAGAAGAUGCUAUGCAAGUUACACAGACGGCUGUUUCCGCUGGACACUUCGAAGCUAAAAUCUAUCACAUGGUUUUCGAAGAGGAGUUCGCUAGAUUCAAGGGACAUUUCGGACCAAUCAACACGAUGGCGUGGCACCCAUCUGGAAGUAUCAUUGCUACUGGAGGAGAAGACGGUUACGUAAGAAUUCAAGAGUUUGACGAGGACUACCUCGGAUUCACAUACGACUUCUAA